CAUCCAUCAAAUGCUCCGUCGAAAUGCGAUUUCAUCUUCGAAGUUCUGUGCAUUAAAUAUUGUGACCUUACAUUUCGACAAUUUGGAACAGGACCGACUCGGCCAACAACUCUCAUAUGAUACAGAUUUAGAUCCACAUAAUCUUUCCUGAAAAUCGAAGCCAUUAUCACGUUUGUUACCAUGGCAACAGAGAGUGGAGGACAUCGUCAGUUGCAGCUUGCAAUAAUUGAUGUAGAAGGGAUGACUUGUAACUCCUGUGUGAGGAACAUAGAGGAGCAUGUGGGUGAUUCAAAUGGAGUCUAUCUCGUUAAGGUAUCACUGUCAGACAAGAGCGCAUCGGUGGCCUUUGAUCCUACAAGGAUUGACCAAUCAGCAUUGAAGGAUAUGAUCUAUGAUAUGGGAUUUGAUGCUUGUUUAAGAAGCCAUGCGUCUGAUGUGGAAUGCAGCAUUGUAUCAAUUGAAGGAAUGACUUGUCACUCUUGUGUGAAGAAGAUUGAGGAGAAGCUGUCAGGUAAAGACGGUGUGGAGAAAAUCAGGGUUCUUUUAGAGAAGAAGCAAGGAGUCAUAAUGUUUAACAGGAAUAGAGCGAAUCUCCCAGACAUUGUGGAGGAGAUCAACUCUUUAGGAUUUGGAGCUGCUAUUGCAAAUGGAUCAGUUUCUGGAGACGGUGAGAAAGAGGACAGGAGUGUUGUGAUUGGAAUUGAAGGGAUGACAUGUGGCUCGUGUGUGAAGUCCAUUGAGGGUCACAUAGGAUCACUUCCUGGUGUUAGAACAAUCGCUGUCUCACUGGUCAACAAAGAAGGGACCAUCACAUAUGAUGCAAACCUGACCAGUGCAGAGAAACUUAAAGAAGCCAUUUAUGACAUGGGCUUUGAUGCUACACUUCCUGGUAACACCUCACCGACCAUUAACAAUGGGGCACUUCUUGCCAUGGUCAUUGUUGGUAUCGAAGGAAUGACUUGCCAAUCUUGCGUGCGGUCAAUCGAAGACAGGAUAGGUGCAAUGCAAGGAGUCUCCAGCAUCAAGGUUUCACUUCAAGAUAAAAUAGCAGAUGUGAAGUACAUGUCAUCUCAGGUCAAAGCAGAGGAUAUUCGCGUUGCAAUAUAUGACAUGGGUUUUGAAGCUACCCUCCCAGAGAGCUUUGAUGUGGACACGGGUGACAAGAAUCAAACUGCAACCCUUCGUGUUGAAGGAAUGACAUGUGGUUCUUGCGUGAAAAGUAUUGAAGGCACCAUCUCAGAUCAUCCUGGCUUGUCAUCUAUACAGGUAUCCCUGGAAGGAAAAUCAGCAACUGUGACCUUUGACCCCCAGGUCACGACCUUGCUAGCCAUCAGGGAUGCAAUUUAUGAUAUGGGGUUUGAUUGUUUCAUGCCGGACCCUGACAAUGAAAGAACUGAAACAGGAGUACUGGGUAUCCAAGGGAUGACUUGUAAUUCUUGUGUUAAGAGUAUAGAAGGAAUGUUAUUGGAUAACCCCGCUGUGAGGUCAGCCAAGGUCAGCCUGAAAGAAGAAAAUGCCAUUGUGACCUUUGACCCAAACACUAUCACAAUGGAGCAACUGAGAGAAAUUGUGUAUAACAUGGGUUUUGAUGUCACCAUAAUGGAAUCCCCAUUAAUUGAGAUCAAACCACCAAAUUCAUGCAAACCAUCUCACCAACCAACGAUUGAGCCUUUAUCUAAACAAUCACCCAUCACUUCCCAUGGUGCUUUCAUGCAAGAGGUAUCACAAGAUUCAGCUGGACAGGAAGUGCAAGCUGACACCAACAAGAAGUGCUUCCUGCGGGUCACUGGCAUGACCUGCAGUUCUUGCGUGGCAUUGAUUGAAGGCAGGAUGUCGAAGCAUGAAGGUAUUAAGAGCAUUCGUGUAUCCCUGAUGGCUCAGAAGGCUGAAGUGAAUUAUAAUGCCAAAGGCCUGUCCCCCUCAAAGAUUGCCAAUUUAAUAGAUGAUCUUGGCUUUGGUGCAGAAGUUAUUGAUGCAGACGAGUCUAAACCCAAAGAAGGGGUCGUUGAAUUACAUAUAUAUGGCAUGACAUGUUCAUCUUGUGUACAUCUGAUUGAGUCAAGUCUCGUCAAGAAACCUGGGAUUAAACUAGCAGCUGUUGCCCUGGCAACCAGCAGAGGUCACUUUGAAUAUGACCCUAACCUCAUAGGACCAAGAGAUAUUAUAUUAGCAAUUAAGGAUGCAGGCUUUGAGGCCAGCUUGAUUUCCAGUGAUAAGAAUGUACAUUCCAGUGUUGAUCAUUCCCAGACCAUCAAUCAGUGGAAGAGAUCAUUCUUCAUCUCCCUUCUCUUUGGUGGACCAGUCAUUGCCAUACUGUUAUAUGAAAUCAUUCAUCAUCCCUCUCCUAAGUGUAUCUUUCCGGGGGUUUCAGUCCUCAACCUACUUCUAUUCCUUCUCUGCACACCUGUACAGUUCAUAGCAGGGCGAUACUUCUACAUUCAAGCCUACAAAUCCCUCAAGCAUGGGGCUGCCAAUAUGGAUGUCCUCAUUGUCUUGGCCACCACCAUUUCUUACACCUACUCUGUCACAGUCCUGUUGAUAGCCAUAUGUCGGAGAUCAGAUACCAGUCCAAAGACAUUCUUUGAUGAGCCUCCCAUGCUCUACAUCUUUGUUACAUUAGGAAGAUGGCUCGAGCAUUACACCAAGGGAAAGACUUCAGCAGCCCUUGCCAAGCUCAUCUCUUUACAAGCAACAGAAGCUACCCUGGUCACCAUUGACCCCCAGGGUCAAAGGUUAGAGGAACAGAUCAAAGUUGACCUUUUGCAGCAUGGUGACCUUGUCAAGGUUCGUCCUGGUGAGAAGAUUCCUGUGGAUGGGACGGUGGAGGAAGGGACGUCCAUGGUGGAUGAAGCACUGAUCACAGGAGAAUCCAUGCCAGUUACUAAGAAGACAGGGAGUACUGUUAUUGGAGGAACCAUUAAUCAGAAUGGGCUUCUGCAUGUCAAGGCCGUUCAUGUUGGUGCAGAAACGACUCUAGCAAACAUUGUCAAACUAGUAGAGGAAGCACAGACAUCCAAGGCUCCCAUCCAGAAGUUAGCUGAUCGCAUUGCAGCAUACUUUGUCCCUGGUAUUGUUAUCAUAUCCUUGAUAACACUCAUUUGUCACAUUGCUAUGGGAUUGUCUGGUUCUGGUAUGGUGCACCCAUCCAGCUCAGAGAUAUUACCUGAAGACAAGACAAUGAUGAUCUGGCAGUACUCCUUCCAAUGUGCCAUUGCAGUUCUUUGCAUUGCAUGCCCCUGUGCACUGGGUCUGGCCACCCCCACAGCUGUAAUGGUUGGGACAGGGGUAGGAGCUACCAAUGGCAUACUCAUCAAAGGAGGGGAACCUCUGGAAUUAGCUCAUAAGGUAAAGACUGUGGUCUUUGACAAGACAGGAACGAUCACCCAAGGUAAACCUACUGUGACCGAUGUGACAGCAUUCAAGGGCAAUGGAGAGACCUACACUACAGAGAGACUCCUGGCUGUAGCUGGCUCAGCAGAGAUGGGUAGUGAACAUCCCGUAGGAGUAGCAAUAGCAUCCAGAGCUAAAGAGGUGUUUGGAACCAGUGUCCUUGCAAAGUGCAGUGAUUUUCAGGUUGUGCCUGGAUGCGGUAUCAAGUGCUCCGUGGAUGCCCUCUCCCUAGAACUCCUCCUAAGCCGUCAGCAUCAGGACAGUAGCCAGGAUACAGUCCGGGUUGAGAUCGAUAACAACACUGUGGAUGUGGUUUCUCCAAGUCGGAGCAAUGGAGGUUCGGCCAUCAUUUCUUCAGAGUCCACAGGACAUGUCGCUGCUUCAAAAGGGACUAAGACUGAUCAUUAUGUCGUUGCUAUUGGCAACCGUGAGUGGAUGCAUCGUAACUUUGUACCAAUGGCUGAUCAGAUUGAUGCUGCAUUGGGAGCAAGGGAAGAGCUCGGGCAAACUGCUGUCUUAGUGGCAAUUAAUGGUGAGCUGGUUGGUAUGAUCAGUGUAGCAGAUGCAGUCAAGCCUGAAGCAGCAGCUGCUAUCUGUACGUUGAAGAAGAUGAACCUUGAUGUCAUGCUACUCACUGGUGAUAAUAAAAAGACUGCUCAGGCCAUCGCAGGACAGGUUGGUAUCGGGCACAUCUUUGCUGAAGUUCUUCCUCAGCACAAAGUAGAUAAGGUCAGGGAACUUCAGAAGAGAGGUCAUCUUGUUGCCAUGGUAGGAGAUGGGGUCAAUGACUCGCCUGCCUUGGCCCAGGCUGAGGUCGGUAUUGCUAUAGGGACGGGCACAGACGUUGCAGUAGAAGCAGCCAAUGUGGUCUUGAUCAGAGAUGAUCUCCAAGAUGUGGUCGCAGCCAUUGACCUCUCACAUAAGACUGUAAAAAGGAUUCACAUCAACUUCAUGUUUGCUCUCGUCUAUAAUAUCAUCGCCAUUCCCAUAGCUGCCGGUGCAUUGAUGCAAUGGGGUAUAGCCCUUCAACCUUGGAUGGCGGCAGGUGCCAUGCUUUACUUUCUACCUAUUGAUUGCGAUAAUGUUCUCUCUGAUGUCAUUCUCUUUACAGGUGCAUUGAUGCAAUAGGGUAUAGCCCUUCAA